AUGGCCAUCAUCCAGGAAAACAUCCGGCUUUCAAGACCACUCGCACCUCCACAACUUGCAUCCGUAUCUCCAUCUUCUUAUCCGAUGAACAUCCAGAGAGUCACACCUUUUCCAGCAACGGGUGGUUCGGACUCCACUUAUCCUUCCUUCAACCAAACUGCGGGCUGCGAGGAUCCUGAUUGCAAAGCCAAGAAAUUAGAAUUAGCACCUUUGACGUCCCCGAACAAGUCAAAUUCGGGAACAAGUACUACCUUACCCCCUCUCAGAUCAUUAUUUGGAAACGUCAACACGCUUUCACAAAAAUCUCCCAGCCCUCCCGCUGCUAACAGUCAUUCGCAACCUGGUGACCAAAAGCCUCCUUAUCCCUCUUUGGUCAGCCUCACUGCGUCCUUUUUGGGUCUAGCGGAUGCGGUGCAAUCUACUUUUGUGGAGCGACCAGGAACGGCUGAUUCAUUAAAAGGCAGUGUUGCAUCACUCAGAUCGGCACCAUCACCACCAGCUUCAGAGGCUCAUUCAAUCGAACCUUUGGAUGAACAUGUGGCUGUUUCUGAGGCGGGGUUGCAACAUGACCUAGACCUACCUUCUAAACGGUCUCGAGUCUCUCAUACAUCCAACGCCUUAUCAGCAUUCACUCCAUCAAACAGUGCCCAUCUAUCUGUGGAACAGCAAGAAAACUUGGAUCAAGCAAGACGGCAGUUGGCAGUUGUACAUGCGAUGAUUGUUAAAGUCAAUGAGAUACAUCGUGUGAUGGCUUUGAAGCGGUUAAAAGGAAAGGUUAUCAAAAGAGAUGUUACAGGAGGUUCCGAUGACGAUUCUCUUUGUUCAACUUUAAGAGAGACAACAUUUUAA